GAGACCAGUCCUUUCCUGUUGCAUGACUUCCUGUUGGGACUGAGAAGGAACAAGAUCCACUGAGCUGACUGACUCCAAAAGCAACUGAGUUUUGCGAGGAACAAAAUCCAGAGGCAUUUCACCACUGAUCUGCCUGACCCCAACAAUCUGAUUCCUCAUCUCUCAGCCGUAAAAUGAGUGCAGAUAUAUACAAGCUUCUCUUCUUCAUCAGCGAGGAACUGGACUCGGACACCCUGAUGGCCCUGAAGUUUCUGAGUCUGGAGUACAUCCCACUGAAGAAUCAGGAAGACAUUCAAGAUCCCAAGGAUUUCUUCCAAAAGCUCCAGAACAAGGGACUGAUAGAAGAAGAAGAUCUGUCCUUCGUAAAGGAGCUACUGUUCAGAGUAAACCGCAUAGACCUCCUGACUGGUAAACUGAGCUCCAGCAGAGACGAAAUGGAGAGGGAGCUUCAAAUCCCAAACAAGGCAAAAGUUUCACCAUAUAGGCAACUACUUUACAGAAUCUCUGAAGAAAUAACUAGUGAAGAGGUUGCCAGUGUAAGAUUCCUGCUGCAGAAGGAGCUACCAAAGAAGAAGCUUCAGGACAAUGCUACAAUAUUGAAGCUCUUUAUAGAAAUGGAAAAAGCUGGGAUAAUGAAUGAAACCAAACUGAAGGUGCUGAAGAGUAUUUUACGGGACGUUAGACCUGACCUGGCGCAAAAAAUUAAUACCUACGAAGUGGAAACACAAGCCCCAGAUGAAUUGAUCACGAGCUUGGAACCUCCUUUUCAGAGCCUGACACUUAGCGAAGGGCAUAUUCACCAGGAAGUUCCCUGCCCUAAAACAUGGGCAUUUGCGGGCCCAGGUGAAUCGGGAGCAAAGGAAGCAGCGUCAGUGCCAAAGCUCGAGAACCCCUACACGAUGGACAAUAAUCCUCAUGGCUAUUGUGUGAUACUGAACAACUCUGAUUUUAAAAAUCCUGAUGAAACCAGGAGAGGCACAGACAAAGAUGCUGAGGCUCUGAAAAGGGUCUUUGAGUGGCUUCAAUUUGAGACAAUUGAGCACCGAAACCUAGAAGCAGAGGAAAUCUGUAAUACAAUCAAAAAGUAUAGCAACAUGGACCAUAGCAACAUGGACUGUUUCAUUUGCUGCUUACUCUCACAUGGCGAAAAAGGUAAAGUACGUGGGUCAGACUGGAAUUCUGCAGCCGUCAAAGAUCUGGUCUCCUGCUUCACUGGAUCUGAGUGCCCCUCUCUCGCUGGCAAACCCAAACUCUUCUUUAUUCAAGCCUGCCAAGGUACGAGAGGGCAGAAAAGUAUCCCAGUGAAAGAAGAUUCUUCUCGACAGCUGGAGACAGAUGCUUUGCCCUUGCCUUCCAUUCCUGACUGGGCUGAUAUCCUCAUUGGUAUGGCUACAGUGGAAGACUUUGAGUGCUACAGAUACAUAGAGAAAGGCAGCGCGUUCAUUCAGUGCCUCUGCAAGGAAAUAGAGUCUUUCUGCCCACAGUACGUGGAUCUGCUGACAAUCCUGACACAAGUCAACAAAAAAAUGGGAGAAAAAGAGUUUAAUGGGAAAAAGCAGAUGCCGGAAAUAAAAUCAACCCUGCGGAGGAAACUGAUCUUCCAGGUGCCAACGCUAGACAAUUAACCAAAGCAAUAAGAAGUCUGAGAUACACUAAAUUAGGAAUUUUGGGAUGGAUUCAACUUGCAGUUCCAAAAGACAAAUGGACUGGAUUUGUUCAGUUAGGUCCCAGUCCUGCAAGGUACUGAGGGCCCUCAACUCUCAGAUCUCCAUCUCUGCAAUGGCUCAGCGUCCUGACUUCCAGAUCUGCAGCUGUCCAAGUCACCAAAUGUGUCUACUUUAGUAGGAGUUGAGAGUGCUCAGCACCUUCUAGCAUUGACCCCUUGGUCCUGAUUUCAAAUGAAGACGCACUCUGCAAAAUCUUGAUUCCCAAACAAUGAGGAAUUGUACAGUUUCCAUUUGUCAAUGUUAUUCAUAGAUGAUAAGGCCAAAAGGGACCAUUGUGAUAAAGUAGAAUUUUAGUUUCUCUAGCCACAAUAUGUAUAGCUAUCAGUUGAACGCAAUGUUUCAUUGAUAUAUUUACAAUUUUUAAAGCAAGUUCAAAGCCUACCUGUGCCAUUGGGUGGGUGUGGCGGGGGGAUAGCUCAGUAGUUUGAGCAUUAGCCUGCUAAACCCAGCGUUGAGUUCAGUCCUUGAGGGGGCCAUUUAGGGAUCUGGGGUAAAAAUCUGUCUGGGGAUUGGUCCUGCUUUGAGCAGGGGGUUGGACUAGAUUUGUAUGUCUGUAUUCUAUAUUUUCAGAAAAUUGUGGGGGGGUUUUAAUGCAUAAACACUUGAAUGAUACAGUCACAGUGAAUUGUUUCUUUACUGUUGAUGGUCCUGUGAGUUCAGCCUCUUGUUUUCAUUUAUUUUCAUUCAGUUUGUUUAGCACUUUCCAUGUGUUCUACAACUGCCUGCCUUUGAAUGUAAUCUAUAGCCUUGCUGCAUACAGAACAGAACAGGACAUUACCAUCAAUGUGAAAUUUUUCCUUGCCAAACUCAGUGACACAGUCUUUAGGGGUGAUUUUUAAAGUUUUUGGCCUCUUUUCAUAACUUUAAUUACUCACGUCUGGAGGCUGAAGUGAAAUUUGGGAUGCAUUAAAACGCAAACCCCUAUAUGCUGUUGAGUAACCUCUGUACACUGGAAGCAGUUUAUUGGAGUAUGUUUAGCUAUGUACAUUUAAAACGCAUUCAAAAAUCAACCACAAGAGGGGGAGGUUGCACGCAUUGAAUAAGUGACACCAGUACUUUUAGUAAAAUUUAGUUAAUAGUUAAUAUAUGUUUUUAUUUGUUCACAAAAUGUAAAAACUGUUUUUUUACAGAAAAUCUCUAAAUUCCAUGUUUUUCCGUGGCAAAUGGAUUUCUAGGAUCCCUGGUGAUCAUCUAGUCUGACCCUCCUGUAUUGGAGACAUAGGACUUUCCUGAAUUAAUUCCUGUUUCAACUAGAGCAUAACUUCUAGAAAAACAUUCCGUCUUGGUUUACCAAAGUCCAUCUUUACUAUCUCAACCCGUGCCCUUCCUGACCCCCCGUCACCUCCAAAAAACCUUCCUUGAUUUGCAUUCUUGAUUUACAGAUCUGAUCCUGGGAAGAUUCCACAUGGUUCAGACACAGUUUCCAUUACCUGCAUGGACAGAGAAAAUUAAGCUAUACAUUACCUAGGGGAUCAGGUCUAUCGCAUGGUUCUCAGGGGAAAAAAAGUCCCUUUGUACAGUGACCAUUUAAUUAAAUCCGCAAGCAGGAAACCACCAUUUUAAUCAUGUUUUGCAUUUGUACUUUUUUUACUUAAGGAAAUGUUGAUUUCUCAUUAGUUGGUAACCACCAAAGCCUGUUGACUUGCAACUAAAUAUAGCCUUUACACUAAAUUUGGUGGUAAUUUUUGCUAACUGGGAAGAUACACUAUAUCUGUACAUAUUUAUUUAAGCAACAAUAUAGCUUAACUUAUAUUUAUUCAGCUUCUUUGUUUUGACAUUUUUGAUUGUUAGAAAAUGGUGAAUGAGGCAUUUUGAUUUUAGUAGAUGAUUAAUUUUUUUAUUUGUGACCUUUGUCACACUCUAUUUGGUGGAAAUUCAAAUUAAAUUAAAAUUCAGAAAAACAGCAUUUUAUUGUUUUUAUUAAA